GAGCAGGUGUUACUAAAGCAGCCCCGGUGCUCUGUUACUUCACACGUUAUCCCUCCUCCUCGGUGCACAACCAAGAAGCUGCUGUUCAGAUAUCCCAGAUUCCAGACCUACUAAUGGCAGGACGUCUUGCUCUCCGCUUGGUGGACAAAACAGCUGUCCGCUUGUCCCUUAGGCCUUCAACAGUCAGUCUGGACGUAAGGCGGAGGGCGGGGGGGAGCGCUACCGAUUCCGCGCCUGCUGGGAGCGUCAGGACCGAGGCCGAUCUCCCUCACAUCAGCUUACCCACGUUACUGUACAGGCUUAUCGUUAAGGGCUACUACAAUCAGGUGCAUGAGCUGCAGCUGUAUGAAAAACAGCUUUAUGGUCCCAUGUUUAAAGUCAGCAAUGGCAAAUUUCACACCAUUUCACUGUGUAAUGUGGAGCUGCUGGAGGAAUUGAUGAGGAAAGAUGAGACGUUCCCUUGUAGAUCAGACAUGACCCUGUGGACUGAAUAUCGAGAUAUGAAGGACUUAGGCUAUGGACCUUUCACUCAAGAAGGAGAGAAGUGGUACAAACUCCGGGCUGUGCUGAACAAACGCAUGCUGCAUCCCAGGGAUUCUGUGAAGUAUGAGAAUGUGGUGAACGAUGUGAUUACAGACUUUAUCAAGAGGAUUUACCAUCUGCGUGAGACGAGCUCCACCGGCGACCUGGUGUCCAACUUCUCCGACGAGCUGCACCGUUUCUCUCUAGAAGGGAUAGCCUGCAUACUGUUUGAGACCAGGAUUGGCUGUCUGGAGAAGGAGAUUCCAGCUGAGACUCAGGGCUUCAUUAACUCCAUCACACAGAUGCUCACGUCCAGCGUGUUGGUGCUCCUGCUUCCCAAGUGGACGCAGAAUUAUUUGCCAUUCUGGAAGCGCUAUGUAGACGGCUGGGAUGGAAUAUUUUUAUUUGCACACAAGCUGAUUGACAAGAAAAUGGAGGAUAUUCAGAAGCUCCUGGAUGCAGAUCAGGAAGUUGAAGGAGGGUACCUGAGUUACCUGCUCUCUAAAACCAACAUGAGCCAAAAGGACGUGUACGGGAGCGUGACAGAGCUGCUCCUGGCAGGAGUCGAUGCAACAUCCAGCUCUAUAACCUGGGCCCUCUACCUGCUGGCACGGAAUCCAGAAGCCCAAGAAACUUUGUACCGGGAAGUGAGCAGCAUCGUGAAGGAGGACAGAAUUCCAUCAACUGCGGACAUAAGCCGAAUGUCUUACCUCAAGGCUGUCGUCAAGGAGACACUCAGGGUGUACCCAGCUGUUCCCCUAAACGGACGCGUUAUGACAGAAAGUGACGUCAUAAUUGGAGGACACUUCUUCCCAAAAAAGACCUCAUUUGCGAUCUACCAUUACGCAAUCAGUCAGGAUGAGACUGUCUUCCCUGAACCAAGGAGCUUCAAGCCAGAACGCUGGUUACGGGACGGACAUGAGAGACCUAACCCAUUUGGCUCCAUCCCUUUCGGGUUUGGAGUGAGAGGGUGUGUUGGCAAACGCAUCGCUGAACUGGAGCUGCACCUAAUUUUGGCACGGAUAAUUUCGAAGUUCGAAGUGAAGCUGGAUCCCAACGUAGGAGAAGUGAAAGCGGUCAUGCGUUUCGUGCUUGUGGCAGACAGACCACUCAGUUUUUGUUUUCUGGAGCGAAAGCGUGCUGAGAGUGUGUCACAGCAUUUAACACAAAUCACUGAUUCUCAGUAGUCCUACCACUUCCAUCAGCACUUCUCUCUGAAACACUUUGCCUGCAGCGCCAUACAGGGCAUCAGUAUCACCAUUCAGAAUGAGGAUUCUAUCAUCCAGUAUAGCAGUAGAUCUUUUUUUUUUUUUUUUUUUUUACGAGGGUGAGGAAAUGAGCAUGGUACCAAUACUUUUUGCAUAUGCACACAAAAUAAUCAUGUAGUACAUUACACUGCCUGGACAAAAAAAAAAAA